UCAGUUCAGCAUCAGUUUCUUUUCAGGUUUCGCGAAGUGCGGUUGAACGUUGGAGUGUGUCAGUUUCUCGCGGAUUGUGUGAACAGGGGAAAAUAGUUAUGUGCUAAGUGGUGCAACAAGAGAAAAUACUUUCCAAGUAGCCAAACGAAAAUAUCGUUUGGCGGCUGCCAACAAAUCCCCUUGGUUUGACUUUUGUGUUUGGAAAAACUUCGCAAUAGUUGAGUUUUUCCCGAUUUUUUUUUUGGUUUCUCCAAUGUGAGAAUUGCUUUGUUGAAAAUAUUGUAAAGCAGUUGUGCAAAUUGUGUGUGUGUCCCUCGUCGAGGGCUUGUGGCAGUGAUUUGUUAUCCAUUUAGUUGCUUAUAUCGCAUCCUAAGUGAAAUUACUAGUAUCAAAAUGUCCUGCUGUGGAAAGGCAUCCGUUUUCGUCAUAUAUCUGAUACUUGGAUUAUCGCAAUUGUCACUAGCCCAAAUAACGACCGCAAACACUGGCGAAGGAUCACGGUUAGCCAGACGGGAUGACGCUGGUGGCGGAGGUCAGUGUAUAUGGUACGGGGUGUGUAACCACGAAAGCCCUCUGACCUCGCAGUACUGCAACUACAGCGGGCCAGCGAAACCGAUCGAGAGCAAAACACGUGAUCUGCUAAAGGUCUGGUGUAAGCAUCUGCUCGUCGACGAGGACAGUGAUGGCAGCAUCGAGACUUGUUGCGAUGCAGAACAGGUACAAAUCCUUAACAACAACGUCAAGAUAGCAGCGAAUUUCUUGGCUCGUUGUCCGUCUUGUAUGGCGAACUUGGUGCGUCACAUGUGUGACUUCACCUGUCACCCGAAGCAGUCAACAUUCAUGCAGGUGAAGGCUACGGAGCCUAAUAAAAACAAUACAGAUUACAUCACCGAGAUUGACUUGCAUAUAAUGGAGCGUUACAUGAACGGAACGUACGGUUCUUGCAGUCAGGUUGCAGUUCCUUCUACCGGACAGCUGGCGCUUGAUCUCAUGUGUGGCGAGUGGGGAGCGUCACGCUGCAGCGCCAAAAAGUGGUUCACCUAUAUGGGCACCAAAGAAGGCAACUACUACGUGCCGUUUCAAAUCAAUUACAUUGCCCAUCAAACUACCGACGUCAGUGAUUUCCAACCGCUGGACCCCCGAGUAGUACCUUGCAGUGAGAGGCUGGAUGAUAAAACACCGGCAUGCUCCUGCAUCGACUGCGAAGCCUCCUGCCCGCGGCCGCCACCACCAGCUCCACCGACACAACCGUUUAUGAUCUACGGCUUCGACGGAUACGCUGUGGUGAUGUUCUUUGUAUUCCUAGUGUGCAGCGGUCUCUUCGUGAUCGGCGCAUGUGUGUGCCAAUCCGGUGGAAACGGUGCCGAGCUGCUGGUACCGAGCGACACCUUACACUCAGACCUGCGUUCGACCGUGGGCCGCCGCUUGGCCGGUGAGCUGUCGAACAGUGGCGAUCUAGGUACUGACCGCGAAGAUUCGCCCCUUCAAUCGAAAAGAUCGAGUGCCACCUGGGAUGGCGAGCAGGAGCUCCGUCCCCAUCCGUCGACCAUUCACGGCGAUGAAGAUCCCGAGUCCGGGUACUUCGAGCGACUCGGAGCCAAAACGGAAACGGUCCUGGAGAAAUUUUUCACCUCUUGGGGCACAAUUUGCGCCAAAAAUCCGUGGACCGUGCUGCUGUUGGGCAUCCUAUUCAUCGUCGCCAUGGGCUUCGGUAUUAUGUUCCUGCAUGUUACCACCAAUCCGGUAGAAUUGUGGGCUUCGCCUAAUUCGCGAUCCCGCGUAGAGCGAGAGUACUUUGAUUCACACUUCGAACCGUUCUACCGGAUCGAACAAAUAAUUAUCAAAGCGGAGAAUCUUACCAACGUAAUUCAUAACACCUCUAACGGGGUAAUCGAAUUUGGUCCAGUAUACAACAAACAGUUCCUGUUGGAUGUUUUCGAGCUACAAGAGGCAAUCAAGAAGGUUGAAUCCAAACUAGCGGAUAACAGUACAGUUGGGCUGAAGGACAUUUGCUAUGCACCAUUGAGUUCGGCUUACCGUGGACCGGUUGAAACAGAAGAUUGUGUAGUGCAGUCCCUCUGGGGUUACUUCCAGGACGACAUCGAAAGUUUCGAUGUGGAAGAUGAAGAUCCACAGGGAUACCCUAUUAUUUAUCUCGACAAAAUGCUGCAGUGUUUCGGUAAUCCUUACAAUCCAGAGUGCUUAGCACCAUAUGGAGGCCCGGUCGAUCCUGCCAUUGCUCUUGGAGGCAUACCAAAACCAAAAACAUCCGAAACUAAACCAGAAUACGAACAAGCGAAUGCCGUUAUCUUGACGUUCCUUGUUCGAAACUACCAUGACAAAAGCAAACUUGAAGCUGCUCUCUCGUGGGAGGAAAGUUACGUGGCGUUCAUGAAGAAUUGGACAAAAGCUAAUAUGAGUAUUGCUUUCACAUCAGAAAGAUCGAUUGAGGAUGAAUUACGACGCGAAUCGCAGUCCGACGUUUCGACCAUUUUGGUCUCCUACAUCAUAAUGUUCGCCUACAUUGCCGUGUCAUUGGGUCACGUGAAUCAAUGGAACAGAGCCCUGAUUGACUCGAAGAUUACACUGGGUCUCGGUGGGGUUGUUAUUGUGUUGGCUUCAGUAGUAGCAUCAGUGGGGAUCUUCGGUUAUAUCGGUAUUCCUGCAACGCUUAUCAUUGUUGAAGUCAUACCGUUCCUUGUGCUGGCCGUCGGAGUGGAUAACAUCUUUAUUCUAGUACAAACACAUCAACGUGAUACUAAGCAACCCACUGAAACCCACGCAGAACACAUUGGUCGCAUUCUUGGUCGAGUGGGGCCUUCCAUUCUGCUGACUGCAGUCAGCGAAAGCUGUUGUUUCUUCCUUGGAGGAUUGUCCGACAUGCCUGCGGUUCGUGCCUUCGCUCUCUAUGCUGGUAUGGCCUUAUUGAUUGAUUUUCUCCUGCAAAUCACCUGCUUUGUGAGUCUGUUGGCCCUAGAUACUGCCCGCCAGGCAGACAAUCGGUUAGAUGUGCUAUUUUUCCUGCGUGGCUCUAAGAAAGACAUGCCAACCGGAGUCAGCAGCAGCAAGGAAGGUCUGCUGUACAAAUUCUUUAAGAGCAUAUAUGUGCCUUUCAUCAUGCAGAAACCCGUUCGAGUCCUAGUGAUGGUGGUAUUUUUCGGUUGGCUGUGCAGCAGUAUUUCUGUCGCACCACACAUCGACAUCGGAUUGGAUCAGGAAUUGUCAAUGCCGGGCGAUAGUUUCGUACUGAAGUAUUUCCGCUAUCUGGGCCAGUAUCUUAGCAUAGGACCGCCGAUGUACUUUGUAGUCAAGGGUGGCCUAAAUUACUCGCAGGCCUAUGAUCAGAACUUAAUAUGCGGUGGGCAGCACUGUAAUCUGGACAGUUUGUCAACCCAGGUGUACAUCGCAAGCAAACGGCCGGAGGAGACGUACAUUGCGCGACCGGCAGCCUCUUGGCUAGACGAUUAUAUCGAUUGGUCUUCGGCAGAAUCGUGCUGCCGUCAGCAACCCAACGGAAGCUUCUGUCCUCAUGAAUUGACAAGUUGCAAUAAAUGCAGCAUCAACCUGACUUCAUGGAAUCGUCCAAACGAGACCAGCUUCCGUCGGUACGUUUCGUUCUUCCUGCAAGACAAUCCGGACGAAAACUGUGCCAAGGCUGGUCACGCUGCGUAUGGAAAUGCCGUAAAUCUCAUAAAUCCCAUGCAGGCUAACUACAGCGAUGUAGGGGCGUCGUAUUUUAUGGCCUACCACACGAUCUUAAAAACGUCAUCCGACUAUUACGAAGCGCUGCGGUCGGCUCAGAAAAUUUCAUCAAACAUCACCAGCACAAUCCAUGCCAAGUUGCGCCUGGAAGGCCGCGCUGAAGCGGAUAUUCAGCAGGUGGAAGUGUUCCCGUAUUCGGUGUUUUACGUAUUCUACGAACAGUAUUUGACAAUGUGGCCCGACACCCUCAAGAGCAUGGGCAUUUCUGUGCUAGCCAUUUUCAUCGUGACAUUCCUGCUGAUGGGUUUCGACAUCCACUCGUCGCUGGUAGUGGUCAUAACUAUUACAAUGAUCGUAAUCAAUAUCGGUGGUUUGAUGUACCACUGGGAUAUUUCGCUAAAUGCCGUCUCUCUAGUGAAUCUGGUUAUGGCUGUCGGUAUCAGCGUGGAGUUCUGUUCCCAUCUGGUGCACAGUUUCUCCGUGUCUCUCGAAGAAACCCGCGAAAAGCGGUCGGCGGAUGCGCUUACCAGGAUGGGCAGCUCGGUGUUUUCCGGCAUCACGCUCACUAAGUUUGGCGGUAUCCUAGUACUAGGGUUUGCCCAGAGCCAGAUAUUCCAGGUGUUCUAUUUUAGAAUGUACCUGGGAAUCGUGCUGUUCGGUGCUGCCCACGGUCUCGUGUUCCUUCCGGUGCUGCUGAGCUAUAUCGGCGCUCCCAUCAACAAAGUAAAACUGGCGAAUCACCGACGGCAGGCGAUGCAGGACACUCAGGAAACAUCACUCUCAAACCGCUGGGAUGAAAGUAUCUUUGUGUUUGACCAAGUCGAAGCCGAUGUCCAUGGCGUGAUGUACCGCAGAAGACGUUCCAAUGACGACGUCACCCCCCGCAACACCAACCAUGAGAUUGAGAACGAUGAUGAUGAAGAAGAUGCGGAGGACCAAGAGCACCACUAUUACCAGCAACAAGAACAGCAGCGACAUCAGCAGCACCAGCAGUACCCACAGCAGCCCCAGCAACAUUUCCUGGACCAACCGGCCGACCGUCCGCAGGGACAGUGGCGAUACCACGACCGAAACCAGCACCAAACGCGCGUCUUCGUCCAUCCGGAAGCGUAUACAGAGCAACUUACCGAGCCUCUUCUGCAACCAUCAACCAGCACGCGCGGCUCCACGCACCGAUCUGUAGCUAUCGACACCAGUGACAAGCAUGUGAUUCUUGACGACAAAUCAGUAGCGGCAAUGGCUCCCGACACCAGUAGUAGGGGCGAUAACAACUAGUUGAAUGAGGAACUUCUUACAAUAACUUUCGACUGCUAGGUGAUAUGAACGUUAAUAACUGCUGUGAAGCUGUUGGAUCUGAUGUUUCAACAUUUUCGUUCUCAGAAUAAAGUAAGGGUUAAAAGCCAUAGUCGUUCAGCCUGACUGAAUCACAAUCAUUGAACGUAUUUUUUUCGGAAAAUGUCGAGUGUGGAUAACUGAGAAAACGAUAGAAUCCAGAUACGAAUGGCGUUUUUCUUAUACAUAUUACGUAUGUUAGUCGUAAGGUACUAUGAUUAAGAUCUUGUUUUGUACCAAGAAAAAAUCAAUUUAUUCUAACAGAAAAGCGUUUAUGCGAUCAUUCUUAGACAAACGAAUUGGAGAGGAAAUUAUAUUCUUUUGAAUACUGACAGACGGAAACAACAACCUCAAAAUUGUUGCUCGGGUAAAACUGAACGAAUGUUAUGUAACUUGGAGGCAGGACAAGAGAAGAGACAGACACGACAAGAGAACACAUAAGUAAACAUAAAUACCAAUGAAACUGUCAAUGUCUAGGAGAUAAUCACAUGAAAAGGCUAGUUUUUAGUUGUGUAAGUAUGCAUAACUGUAUCCUGGGCUAAAUGUUACUAUAAAACAUACGGUCAAAAACACGUUGAAUACAAGGAAACUGUUGUAGCAAAUUAUGUCAAGGCUGCCCUGGAUGGAGGUGUACGUGAAUCGAAGUUGAAGUUGCGGCUGGGUGCUAAAGUGAAUCGCCUUAUUUUCCAGUUCCUGUUUUCAACUUCGGAAUAGUACUGUAGAUAAAUCGGCUUGAGUGAAGUGCGUGAAGUAUUACAAAUCUGAUUUCUGUAUACGCUUGCGAGUGUUUCUAGAGGAAUAACAACGAGUGUCAAAGCAGGGUGGGUUUACAUAAUAAUUUUCUUUGUAUUUGGUUCAUCAUUACAGCUUGUAAACAUAAAAUUCAAAAAAUCUAUUUAUUGCUCAUUUCUGCAAAAACCAUUCUGCUUUGACUGCAAAAGCAAACCAGAGAUAAUCAUAGCAGCAAACGCUUCAGAGAUGGGUACGCAAAUCCGCGGAACAGUUCUUUUCGUUUCAAAGCUAGGUUCAGUGAUAGUUACGUUACGUGCAAUAACUUCAAAAUGUUGCCUGAUGCAUUAUGAUAGUAGGUCGAAUAUGUUGCGUACUCAUCUUUGUGUCGUCCAUUAUGCGCAACCAGGAAGCUUUGAGUUAAAUUAGGUAACAAAGUAGACGUAGGUAAAAAUUACGUGAUGCUUUCGUUAUGCGCUUUCGUCAUUUAUCUAUGUUCUAUGAUAUCCAUCUUCAAUGAAAUAGUCUGUAAUCUAUGACUGCUAAUAAUAAUAAUAUUUUUUCCGUUAGAAAAUUAUAUCAGGAUGUAAAAAAAUAUCAAAUCCGGUCCAUUUUUUUCUCAGUUACAAUUUGAAUUAGAAAUGAUGAAUAAUGACUGUAGGUUGAUUAAAUUUUUUUUCUCUCAACAAGAAAGAAUCAAACGCUUUCUUCUUUAUUCCAUUUAUCGAAAAGUAUUUUAGGUGAUAGGUAGCACAGAACUUUUACUAGAUUUGUAUAUUUUGAACUACAGAGUAGAUCCAAAUGUUGUUCGGGUCAAUAUGAUGAACAGGUUAUAACUAAUUUCUUAGCUUAUAUUCGCGGUGUGUUCUUCCAAAUGACUCGAAGAACUUAGCCUUAGUUGUGUAAAAACCUUGUGUUUCACUGUUUUAAUUGUAUUAGAGCGUCUAAUGUUUACGAGGGGUGGCAGCAGCUAAAUCAAUCUGUUAUUGUAUUUUACAAUGGAAAUAUGGAAAAUAAAUUGAUUAAAGAAGUAAACAUUUUAGUUCUAUGUUAUUAUUUCGCCUUGUGUUGUUGGUGCUUAACUGAAUCUGAUAAUGAUCAGGAGCAAUAGCCCACAAGUAAAAGAUGGAAUAUAAAAUGACGUAAACGAGUGAAAAUAUAGUAUAGGUAAAUGUUCUUGUUGAUCAGGGUUAGUAAAAUGUACAUAAAUGAGUGUAGCUUUGCAUUGAGGAAAAAAGUUAGGAGACACGAUUGCCUUGCAGCACUGAAUCGGACGGAAAAGGACAGGAUUCAGGGCAUACCUCGUUGCCAUUUCUUGCUUACCUGAAUCUUAUGAUAUCUGGUACUACUAUUGAUUGAACACCGAGCUUUCCUGUAGCAGAAAAAACGGAACUAUUCCUAAUUGUACUGUUGGUUGAUUCUGCCAUUAAUACCUAUAAGAGCAGCAACCAAAUUCCAUAAAAAUCAUAGAUGAAAAUUUUAUUUUUCUAAACACAAACCAAACAUAGUAAAUGUUUAGAGACGUGGAGUUUUACGACUAAUUAGACGCUCGUUUUUUAAAUGUCAGACUACUGAUGGAAGCGAACGAUAAGUAUUGUAUAUCUGAUAUUUGAGAUUUUGUAGUGAAACAAACACCGAAAGGUCAACGAGAAUAACUUCAAAUCUGUCUCGUAUAGUGUUAUUCUGCAUAAUAAAGUGUUGUUUUUUAUAUAAAAUCA